CAGCUGAUACACUAACAUUAAACCACAGCCAAGCGAACACAAGAGGCAAACUCAUCCCUUCAAUAACAUCAGUGAGAGAGAGGGAAGAGGAGAAAAGGAGGGGCAAAGCGUGAGAUAGUGAUGCUUUCAGCAGGUGCCAAACAGUGAGAGGUAGCUGAUAGAGAGGGAAAGACUGAGAGAAAGACAGAUGCAGCCAGCCUAGAGAGCACACAGUGACCCACAGCAUCGGAGACAAGAGAAGAAGACAAAGUAAUCCUGUUGUCAUUGCAGUGUCAGUGUAGUCGUGUCCAGCCAGUCUCCUGCAUUACUGUUCCUGCCCUCCCUCUACUCACUGCUGCCAUGCUGUACCCAGCUCUGCUCUGUGCUGCUCUGCUCCUGAUAGCACCCCUGGGGCACACAGAGGGGCGCACCCUGCACCCCUCACCUGAUGCUAUCCAGUUUGUUGAGCAGUUUCUGGAUCGCUACAACGACCUGACCCUGGAUGACCUGGAGAACCUGGUGAGCAGCCAACCAGAGGAGCCCUCCUCGGCUUUCACUUCCGGGGUCAAAGUCGCUGAGUACCCCAAAUGGGCUGACAUUCCAGCACAGGGUGACAGCACCUGGCUCCGCCUCCUGAAGGGGACCCUGGCCAAUCAGAAAAGAGCUGUGACGGACCGGUCGAGGAGAGGGUGGAACCGAGGAUGCUUCGGACUCAAACUGGACAGGAUCGGGUCAAUGAGUGGACUGGGCUGCUAGUGGAGAGAGAGGAAGAGACUGACGCCCCUCAGGGGAUAUGAGGACGAACACACAGUAGGCUGCUACACAGCACACAGUCAUUUACACACAUGUUGUGAAUACAAGGAUGUUAAUGUGAGUACAAAGGAGGUCUACAUGUAGCGUAGCUGUAGUGUACUUGCUGUAUUGCUAAUGUGGUUCCAUCGAGCUUAAAGAAAGUUACUCUGUAUGUCUCCUGGCUGUUGGAAGGGGUUGACUGUACUUAAAUUGUACAUCUAUUCAUUUGAAUCUUGAAAGUAUCAGAGUUAUGUUUACAUCAAGCUGUUAUUCUAUUUUAAGUCUCUGAGUGUUGUUUUGACAGUAAAUCUGCACUUUAUUUAAAUCUAGGUAUUUAAAAGUUGUCUUUUUUGACUAAUAUUGUCCUUGUUAAUCCUGCAGGAAUAGUUGUGUUAUGGCAUGUUUAAUGGAAAUAAAUAUUUGAAAAAAUAUAAUUAAAGUCAAAUGUUUCUUCUCUCUGCUAUUGUUUUUACAUUUGGCAUGAAUAAAUGUACACUGAACCACGUUGUAUUGAUUAGACAUUUGGCAUGAAUAAAUGUACACUGAACCACGUAUUGAUUUUACAUUUGGCAUGAAUAAAAUGUACACUGAACCAUGUUGUAUUGUUUCGACAUACAUUUGGCAUGAAUAAAUGUACACUGAACCAUGUUGUAUUGAUUCGACAUACAUUUGGCAUGAAUAAAUGUACACUGAACCACGUAUUGAUUUUACAUUUGGCAUGAAUAAAAUGUACACUGAACCACGUAUUGAUUUUACAUUUGGCAUGAAUAAAUGUACAUUGAACCACGUUGUAUUGAUUUUACAUUUGGCAUGAAUAAAUGUACACUGAACCACGUUGUAUUGAUUAGACAUUUGGCAUGAAUAAAUGUACACUGAACCACGUUGUAUUGAUUUGACAUACAUUUGGCAUGAAUAAAUGUACACUGAACCACGUUGUAUUGAUUAGAUAUUUGGCAUUAAUAAAUGUACACUGAACCACGUUGUAUUGAUUAGACAUUUGGCAUGAAUAAAUGUACACUGAACCACGUAUUGAUUUGACAUACAUUUGGCAUGAAUAAAUGUACACUGAACCACGUUGUAUUAAUUUGACAUACAUUUGGCAUGAAUAAAUGUACACUGAACCACGUUGUAUUGAUUUGACAUACAUUUGGCAUGAAUAAAUGUACACUGAACCACGUUGUAUUGAUUUGACAUACAUUUGGCAUGAAUAAAUGUACACUGAACCACGUUGUAUUGAUUUGACAUACAUUUGGCAUGAAUAAAUGUACACUGAA